GCGUGGCAUGCACUUUCUUCGUCCGACGACUGUGUGUGUGUUCGUGCAAUGGGUCUUCCAUCUCUACUUUCCAUGUGCACUUGUCCUGUUUGUCUAUCGAAGCAACCACACAGCGAUCAAGUACCGACAGCCGGGAAUGGCGGCUGUGACUGGGGUCGUGCUCGCACUGUACACUCUUGCGCUACCCCCCAUCGUGUGCUUUGACGACGACGUGACGAUUGACAUCUACUCGCGCAUCUUCAUUUCCAAAGCGCUGGUUCUUGUUGGCGGCGUGUCGUUCAUCCUGAGUCAAUGCAUCAUUGUGGUCAAGUUCGCCAUCACGGAAAUGCUAUUGGACCCACGGACGGCCACGGAAGCUCGAGUCCAUCAUCCAUCAUGUGCAGUCCAUCCGGUGGCUGCUUUACCCCCGCGCACAAAUCCUGGUGUGGCUCACAGCCAGCACCGUCGUGGUCGCCCCAAUCCUGCACCUCCUCUUGUUCUUGCCGGAUACGUUCACAUCGAACGACCUCAUCAACGGGGUGCAUCCUGUCACCCAGACCCUGAACAUUAUCUCGUCGCUGGAAGUGACAGCCAUGACGAUUAUUUCGUGGGGACUAACUCGGAAGAUCAGCCUGGUCGUGGACAACUUUGGCCUCCGUGCCACGUACUUGUCCAUUUCCAAGUACAGUGCAAUAUGCCUGACCGGUUAUGGCUUGACGUCGCUGUUGCCGCUGCUGGGUGUCGCUGAGUUUCUGGACGAGUUUUACGCCAGCACCAUGAUUGUCAUGCAUGGGACCCAAGCCUUGUGCUUCAUGCUCAUCACGAUGCCACUGCGGCAAUCGUACUUGACCGUGGAAACCCACCGGGAGAUGCGCGUCCGCCGCCGACGCCUCCAAAGAAAGGUCGAUGAGCUCGACUACAAGGUGUUUUACCGGUAUUUGUCGACGUCGGAAGGUUACGCGGCUGUUUUGACAUUCUGUCGCAUGGAACUGGCCCCGGAGCUGCUAUUGGCGUGGCACGAGGUGGAGAAAUUUAAGCGUGGGGAAGUUACGGUGGACUACAUUUACGCUAAAGUGCUGGACCUGCAUAGCGAAUUGUUCCAAGUGGAUUUGGCUGACGAGGUCCGAAACAUGUACGCGCAACGAUGGUGCGCGGUGUGCACCCCUCACUAUCGAACCACCAGAGCCGUGUCGUUUCGAUCGAGGAAGAACAAGGUCGAUGUGCUGCUUCAACCUGGAGACAUCGCUGCCGCGCGUGCGGGUGUUGUCGAGGCAGCCAAACUCGCCUCGUUUGUGCCCGCCCCCGCACGGCCCUCGGAAAGUCGGCCUUUGUACGACGCCACAUUCUUUCAUCCACUGAGCGCAGAGCUAUUACGCCUGCUGUACCUUCACGUCCUCCCAAGAUUCGAAGAAUUUCCACAAAGCAGCGACUGGAUCGUGUUUCGCAACGGUGAAAAGGCCAUGGUAUCGCUGGAUGUAGUCGACAACAUGGUGCGGAAAACUGUGGUGGUGUCUCGCCCCUUGGCAUCCAUGACACCAAAUAUUGAAGACAUUCCCCAUGGGAGGCGCAUGCUCGCGAUGCCUCAAGAGGAACUUCGGUAGGAGUCACAUACCUCGAACGUAAAAACACAGCGCGAGCAACGUCAACCAUACCUGAUCCCCGCCUCAGCGUUCCACAUGCUGAAUGAACUCCAUGCCGUACGAGGGUGCCACUGCGCCAACUUCAAACGAGACAUGGACCUUCCAUGUGAUCGUCGUGGCGGCGCGUUUGCUUCUUGUCCGGAGGAAUGUCGAGAAAAUACAAAGUGAAAUGAAAAAACCCGCGCGCUUUUUGGAUCUCUGGUUGUGCGGUUUUCCAAUUGGGCCAAUCAACGCCAUCCAUUUUCAGCUGAGUUUUAGAAAUAUGUUUUAAAUUAU